CAAAAGACAAGCGUUUUCAACAAGAGGGAGCAAAUGCCAACAAAUCAAAUAAUAUCAAAAUCAAUAAUGAUUCAUUCAAAGAGAGGGAUGGCCCCCUCAAUCAAUCUUCCAUCCUCAUCCAUCCCCAUACUUUUUCCAUGUUUAUGUCAUUAAUCUUUUUCUUUGACUCAAACUUAAACUCUCCCACUUUUAAUUAAUUAAUUCUUAAAUAUAGCAAAUCUCUUUAAUUAGAAGUUUAGAACAAAACCAUUAAUCUUGAUACCAAAUCCAAAUUCAUUAAAUCCCCCUUUUCCUAAUUUAUUCUCCCACCCAUUCAACCGUUUAACACCAACAAACGUCCAAAUCUCUUCAAUUCUCCCUUCAAUUUCUUUAAAUACAGAUCACAUGUUUCACUCUCUUCUUGUCUUCUAGUAUUCAAUCAGUUUAUGUUUGAAGGUUGAUUAAACUUGUUGAUUUAAGUUUUCUCGAUCAAAAUGGAACUUUUAGGUGCCUAAAUUUUCUGGGUUUUGAUCAAUUUGGCUAAAACUGUUGUAAAUUUGCAUAUAAUAUGUAAAUUUUAAUGUUAGGGUUUAUAGGGUUUUGCAAUUAAUCUCCUUUUGGGUUGUUAAUUGGGUUGAAAUGGGUAUUUAUGUAUUAAUUUCUGUAUUUAUGGAGAACUCAUCUCAUUAUUGAUGGGGUUUGAGAAACAUGGAUUGAUUAAUCUGUUUUUGAGGUCAGGAGAUAAGGGUUUGGUGUUGUUAGAUUUGAUUUGGUGGAAGAUAAGAAUAUUGGGAAAUUGAAGGAUUUUUAGCAAAUGGGUUCAUCUGGGUUUCCUGUAAUUUGCCUUCUACACUCAGUAAUUGCUCUAGCUUGUGGAGCUAUGAUGAUGUUUUAUACAAAAGAAAUAGCGGUAUUUGGUCAUGGUAAAGAAAUAAGUAGCAAGCUUCAAGGAUCUACCCCACAUGAUGAGCUAUUGAUCCAGACAUCAGAUUCAUUUUCUGGGCUGCUUCUGUUUGUGAUUGGGUUUCUUCUGUUGAUGGUUGCAUUUGUUAAGGACGCCAAGUUUCAGAGCUUUUUUGCCAAGGGGUGUGUGCUCCUACACCUUUUGAUGGCUGUUUGGAGGGUAUACUUCGAGAGGAAAGUCGAGGAUCUUGCUCGUGAUUUACCCAGGCAAGUAGUUGGGGAUGCAGCAUUAGCUCUUUCAUGGGUGUUCUUUCUCGUUUUCUCGUGGCGAGAGAAGUAUGAUUGAAUUGAGUUUUAAGGGGAUGAGUUUGUGCAAAGUAUUUGGAGGUUUUGCAAUGGAAAUUGCUGAACAAUACAACUGUUGCGCGUUUCAUCAGUGAUACAAACUACAAAGAAUCGAAUUGAAGAUCAACUUGAAACUAUUGAAUUCGAUCUCACAGGAAGAUUUUUAAUGCUUUAUGUGCUAUUUUAAGUCAUGAAAUCGGGUCAAAUUAUUGAAUAGGCAGAGGUCAAAUGCCAAGUAUAUGUGUUACUCUGGUGACAAAUCCCGAAUAAAACUCCCAAAAUAAUAAAAGAAUGUCUAUAAGCAUGAGCAUUUUAUCUUCAUUAUCUCUUUCCAGUCUGCACAGCUUAUAACACUGUAAAUUUCUGGGAUCAUUGUAAGAAUUGCUUGGUUGAUAUUCAAUCUUGUAAGUAUGAGAUUUUGCUCUCCUCUUGUGGUUUUGCACUAUAAAUGUAUGUUAUAUCGUGGAUGAUCUAUAGAAUAUUUGUAUGCCUUGUUACC